GGGAUGGUUAGAUCCAUCUCCUACAUUAACUUACUGCAUUCUCAAAAAUGGCGAUCGAAAACCACGAGAACCCAAAUCAAGAAAUCAAGCCUAAGAGCAUAAGAAGCAUGGGUGUAGGUGGACCAGAGGAAGAAGAGAAUCAAUGGCCUCCAUGGCUGAAACCAUUACUGAAAGAAGAACACUUCUUUGUUCAAUGCGACUCUCAUGGAGACUCACCUAAAAACAAAUGCAAUAUGUAUUGUUUGGACUGCACUAAUGGCUCCUUUUGCCCUCUCUGUCUUGAACAUCACAAGGAUCAUCGUACCAUCCAGAUAAGGAGAUUGUCGUAUCACAAUGUUAUAAGGGUCAACGAGAUUCAGAUGCAUUUAGAUAUCUUGAGCGUUCAGACGUAUGUGAUCGACGGCGCAAAGGUUGUGUUUUUGAAUGAAAGGCCUCAGCUUGAGCGCGUUAGAGGAGUUAGAGUUACUAAUGCCUGCGAUGUCUGUUCUCGUGGCCUUGCUGACGAUUGCUUUUGCUUCUGCUCUCUUGGCUGCAAGGUAGCAGGAACUUCUAGAAGCUUUGAGAAGGGAGGGGAGCAUACAGUAAUGGAAUCAGAGAAUUCGAGCAACAUUUCAGGAGUAGAGAAUAACAUUCCAAAUCCACAGAGUGUAAACGCAUCAACAACAGAACUUCCUACUUAUACUUCUUUGAGAAAAAGACCUAGAAAGGGAAUACCUUACCGAUCUCCACUGCAAUGAGGUUAGAUCGGCAAUGAAGAAGGAGGUUGUGUUACAUUUCAAGGUUAAUGGUUAUAUAUUAGACAUCCUCAAAAGAGUAGGUAAAUAGCUCAAUACAAGACACAACAUAAAAGGUUUUAACUUUGUUUGAUAACUAGUAACUGUAAAUAUAUGAUAUAUUCUUGUAUAUAAUGAGGAUAGACAGGGGUUAAAAGUGAGAAUUAAGACAAGAUACUGAGGUUUUUUACCUAGUUGGAUUUUUCACAAAGUCCUUGUGUGUAAAUUUGGCUUUGAUGAAUUAUAUAACAAUGACAUAUACCUUUUACAUUCUCUUUUUUUUUUUAUGUAUUGUAGAAAUCCGAAGUUAUGUUAUGGAGAUUUCACAUUUGUAUAUAUAGAAUAUUUCCAUCC